AUGUCCCAGCCCAGCACGCAGGCAACGUCUGAACUCUUCCAAAUGAAGCAGAGCGUGAUCGACCUCGCGGUCGAGAUCCGGCAGUAUCACCUGCGCGCCGAGUCGCCGCCCACCGAACUUGUCGAGCGCGCCGAAUCGCGGUUGCUGGAGAUCCAUCUCCUCGCGCAGCGGCUCGAGGGGCAGCGCGAGAGUGUAUCAAGUGUAUCAAGUGUAUGGACGGGAGCGGCGGGAGGCUGGCGUGUGCUCGCGCCCACACCAACUCGUCAGACUCACACAAUGUAA